AUGGGCGACAUCAAGCUGCAGCCAGCAGAGAGCGGACAUGGACUCGAUGAGUCCCCUCACCAGGACAUCCAGCAGGGACAAUGGUCACGCGCUGGCUCGUUAGAGAAGCGGGAACAGAGGCUCACUGGAGACCUGGAGGUGAUCUCCAGAGUGAGGGUGAACACUCAGGCCGUCCAGAAGAGAGCCCAGCACCUCCAGGCUCAGAAGAUCCCCAGGAAGCAGUUCCAGACUGCGUGGCUGCUGAAGGCCGUCACCUGCAUCGACCUCACAACUCUAUCUGGAGACGACACGCCGUCCAACGUGCACCGGCUGUGCAUGAAGGCCAUCCAGCCAAUCAGAGCCGACCUGCUGGAGGAGAUUCACAUGCACGACAAAGGAGUGACAACAGCAGCAGUGUGUGUGUAUCCAUCACGAGUAGCCGAUGCCGUAAAAUCUCUGAAAGCAGCCAACUGCAGCUUACCUGUGCCUCAGGUAGGUUCCUGCUCAGUCUCUCACCGUGUUCCUGUCGCCCAAACACCACUGGAGACUCGCCUGCAGGAAGUGCGUCUGGCGGUGAGAGACGGAGCGACGGAGAUCGACAUCGUCAUCAGCAGACUUUGGCCCUCACAGGACAGUGGGGAAGCCAUGUAUGAUGAGAUCCGCCAGUUUCGAGAGGUCUGUGGAGACGCCCACAUGAAGACCAUCCUGGCUGUGGGAGAACUCGGAACCUUCACCAACGUCUACAAGGCCAGCAUGGUGGCCAUGAUGGCAGGCUCAGACUUCAUCAAGACCUCCACCGGGAAGGAGUCCGUCAACGCCACCUAUCCCGUCGCCGUGGUGAUGGCCAGAGCCAUCCGGGACUACUUCCUGCGAACGGGCCACAAGGUGGGCUUUAAGCCAGCGGGCGGCAUCCGGACGGCUCAGGAGUCUCUGCUGUGGCUGAUGUUAAUCAAGGAGGAGCUGGGCGGCGACUGGCUCCGCCCACACCUGUUCCGCUUCGGGGCCAGCAGCCUGCUGGCCGACAUCGAGAGGCAGAUCUCCCACCAGGUGACGGGACGCUACGCAGCCUAUCAGGAGCUUCCUCUGGCCUGAACACACAGGAAACGGCUUCUCCGCUUUUCACAAUAAAGUCCGUGAUAAAGACGA